CAGUGGAUCCUUUGCCUCCAGAACCCAUUAAGGUGAGAAUAAGGUCUUUGGCUGGAGGGAGCUGGCCUGGGACUGUAAGGCAGCCAUGGAUACGGCGUAUGACCCACUCAAUGUCAGCCAACCACUGCUUCCCUUUCCAUUCGACCUCAAUGGCUCAGUGGGGGCAGCCAACAGCUCAAACCAGACAGAGCCAUACUAUGAUCUGACCAGCAACGCGGUCCUCACGUUCAUAUAUUUUGGGGUCUGCAUCAUCGGGUUGUGUGGCAACACACUUGUCAUUUAUGUCAUCCUCCGCUAUGCCAAGAUGAAGACCAUCACCAACAUUUACAUCCUCAACCUGGCCAUCGCGGAUGAACUCUUCAUGCUGGGUCUGCCCUUCUUGGCCAUGCAGGUGGCUCUGGUCCACUGGCCCUUUGGCAAGGCCAUUUGCCGGGUGGUCAUGACAGUGGAUGGCAUCAACCAGUUCACCAGCAUUUUCUGCUUGACAGUCAUGAGCAUCGACCGAUACCUGGCUGUUGUCCACCCCAUCAAGUCAGCCAAGUGGAGGAGACCCCGGACAGCCAAGAUGAUCAACGUGGCUGUGUGGGGAGUCUCUCUGCUGGUCAUCUUGCCUAUCAUGAUAUACGCGGGGCUUCGGAGCAACCAGUGGGGGAAAAGCAGCUGCACCAUUAACUGGCCAGGUGAAUCCGGGGCAUGGUACACAGGGUUCAUUAUCUAUGCCUUCAUCUUGGGGUUCCUGGUGCCCCUCACCAUCAUUUGUCUUUGCUACCUGUUCAUUAUCAUCAAGGUGAAGUCCUCUGGAAUCCGAGUGGGUUCGUCCAAGAGGAAAAAAUCUGAGAAGAAGGUCACCAGGAUGGUGUCCAUAGUGGUGGCUGUCUUCAUUUUCUGCUGGCUCCCUUUCUACAUAUUCAAUGUCUCCUCAGUCUCUGUGGCCAUCAGCCCCACUCCAGCCCUGAAAGGCAUGUUUGACUUUGUCGUGGUCCUCACCUACGCGAAUAGCUGUGCCAAUCCCAUCCUGUAUGCAUUCCUGUCGGACAACUUCAAGAAGAGCUUCCAGAAUGUCCUGUGCUUGGUCAAGGUGAGCGGCACAGACGACGGGGAACGGAGUGACAGUAAGCAGGACAAAGCUCGACUAAAUGAGACCACAGAGACCCAGAGAACCCUCCUCAACGGAGACCUCCAGACCAGUAUCUGAACUGCCUGAAAAUAAGUCAAUACCCGCCAGGCUCUGCCAGCGGGCAGUGUGCUCCCUACCCUCACCCACUUCUGUCUCCCACCCGUCACACCUGGCUUCUAGAAUAGCGAAUUGUUCAGCAUGAUUCCAAUUCAGAGAACAGUGUUUGAGUCGGCUUGUCUGAGUGAAUGAUUUGCAUUAAAUUGACUAACUCCCUCUUAAAGUGAACACGUAGAGGCAGGCAAUUCAAAGUCUGGGAAAGUGGCGAUC